CUCCUGGCAUGCCUGGCACAGACGUGAGGAAUCUGGUGGCUGGCUUCAGGGUCUGUAGAACCCUCUCUGUCCUCUGGUUCCCAAACAGAGCCUCAGCCCUUCCAAAAAUGGUCUGGAGACAGCUCUUUCUGGCCUCCUGUCUCUCAGCUGCUGUGCUCCUAACCAUGCUGCAGGAGGGGACUGGUGCAUCAGUGGUUACCCGGCAGGUGGCAAGACAAGAUGCCCAGGAAGAUGUGGAACAGAAGAUCUUCAUGCAGGAAUCAGAUGCCUCCAAUUUCCUCAAGAAGCGGGGCAAGCGGUCCCCCAAAUCCCGAGACGAGGCCAACGCGGAGAACAGGCAGAAGCUGCGGGCCGACGAGCUGCGGAGAGAAUAUUACGAGGAACAAAGGAACGAGUUUGAGAACUUCGUGGAGGAGCAAAAUGAUGAACAAGAAGAGAGAAGCCGGGAAGCUAUUGAGCAGUGGCGCCAGUGGCAUUAUGAUGGCUUGUACCCAUCAUAUCUCUAUAACCGCCACCACAUCUGACCUCAUCAUGACAGACCACGGUGGAGCCUGAAACUCACAUACCCACCCCAGGUGUUUGAACAACACUUCCAUGGGAACAGGCCCCUUCAAAGGAUCUCAACUUGGGGCCUGCUGUGGUAAACACACAUGCCUUUUGCUCUGAUGGAUUAAGAUACCCUGGCUUUCGCUUCUUUGCAGAUGAUUUUCAGAGGUGGGCUAACACCUGUGGGGCUUCCUAGCACCAAACCCACAGUGACUUCCCCUUACUUAGCCAUUGUUCCCACGGUAAGACUCCUGUCCUGUAGAACAAUGCAAAGGAUCGCAGUAAAGAGAAAAGAUGACGUUUGCUUACAGCUUAGAAAUAAAAGUGCUGAGUCAUC